GGUUGGUCCUCAUUUCCUUGGGCGAAAUUUGCCUGCACAAUUUAUUUGUAGGCUUAGAUCAGUGAUACACAGAAUUGCUAAAACACUGAGCUUAACUAAGUAGUGGCUUUUGUUGACAAGUCGAUUGUGUUAUUAAUUCUUAAUGUCUCUUCCAAGGCAGGAAUCGUUAUCUCACUUUUGCAGGUGGAAAAAAGUUCGGCGCACAAAAGCCUUUCCCUUAAAUUCACAGAGAAGCAACGGCUGAGCUGCAAAUUAAGUCCUAGCAUUCCGACUCGUCGUCAGCUGCGUCCCCCUCUAGACCGUGUUACAAAACAAAUGAGUAGUUACUUUGAUGUUACUCAUAAAACGAGGGAGUAAACCAAAUGUUCUGUGAACAUGAAGUGUUAAAUCAUAAUAACCUUCUGUGUCUGUUCUGCUCUGGGAGUCUCAGCUGCCCUUUGGAGUUUGAUACUUUACAGAGAGGAGGGGGUGGAAGAAAAAAAGGGGGAAAUAAUGUCAAGGGAAGAAUUUUGUUUCCAAAGUCCAAACUGUGCCCAUCUUUACUGCCCCUUUGUGUUGAUGUCAUUCUUUUCAGUGUACGUGUUCUGGCAAAACACCGACAGCUCACGUCGCGUCCAGGCCUCAGCCGCAUUAACACACCUUUGCGUUUCUUUUGGCACUGACCUCCCUGUCAGUCUAAUUGUAAUGCUCUUUCCUCCAGGUGCUCUUUAUUAAUGCUGUUAUGUGAAAACCAGUUGGUGUUGUCCAAGUGUGGAAUGAUUUGUCACUCCUGAAGGAUGUUUUUAGAGUUCAUGAUCAAAAACUGCCAACAGAUCUCAGAUGAAAGGACAAUUUAAAGAAGUGCAAGAAAUUAUUGUGGAAUUUGAUAGCUGAGUUAUUUGACUGGAGAGAAAAAGCAGACCUUUGAUUCCCACCCCACCUUUUCCCCCAGUUCACUCAUAAUUAGAAAGCAGCAGUCGGUUCCACAGAUAAGAAUCUCAAGAAAAUCAGAUGGCAUCCGGGGAUUUCUGCUCACCUGGAGAAGGGAUGGAAAUACUGCAGCAAGUGUGCAGCAAACAGCUUCCUCCUUGUAACCUGAGUGAAGAGGACCUGUUACAGAACCCACACUUCAGCAAACUGCUGCUGAGUCUCUCACAGCACAUGGAUGAGAGUGGCUUAAGCCUCACCCUGGCAAAGGAGCAGGCUCAGGCAUGGAAGGAAGUGCGACUACAUAAGACAACAUGGUUGCGGUCUGAGAUUUUACAGAGAGUCAUUCAAGAGCUGCUUGUGGACUACUAUGUGAAGACACAAGACACAAGUGUAACUUCUGAGGACAAAAAGUUUCAUGAGACCCUUGAACAGCGGCUCCUUGUGACUGAGCUGGCCCGGCUCUUAGGUCCUACCCAGGAUGGGGAGGCACCUCCACUGCUCGGGCUGGAGAAGGCGGACCUGCUGCAGCUCAUGCCGCCCUCAGAGGACUUUGUGUGGAUGAGAGCCCGGCUCCCGCAGGAAGUGGAGGAGCAGCUCAAGAAGAAAUGUUUCACUCUGCUCUGCUACCACAAUCCCAGUUCAGAUUCAGACAGUGAAACCCUGAAGGCAGCAAAGGUGUGGAACCUCGCAGAGGUCCUGGUGGGUGAGAAGCAGCAGUGCCAGGAUGCCAAGAGCCGGCAGAAGGAGCAGACGGUGCUGCUGGAGAAGAAGAGUGCCACCUACUCCCAGGUGCUUCUGCGCUGCCUGGCUUUGCUGCAGAGGCUCCUUCAGGAGCACCGGCUGAAGACUCAGUCUGAGCUGGACCGCAUCAAUGCCCAGUACCUAGAGAUCAAGUGCAGCGCCAUGAUCCUUAAGCUGCGGAUGGAAGAGCUAAAGAUUUUGUCUGACACUUACACUGCUGAGAAAGUGGAAGUUCAUCGUCUCAUUAGGGACCGUUUGGAGGGGGCCAUUCGCCUACAAGAGCAGGACAUGGAGAAGUCCCGACAGGUCCUAAACACCUACGAGGUCCUUGGGGAGGAGUUCGAGAUGCUGGUAAAAGAGUACACCCAACUCAAGCAGGCAACUGAGAACAAGCGCUGGGCCCUCCAGGAGUUCAGCAAGGCCUGCCGCUGAGCGUUGGUGAAGGCGUGGCUUCUGCACAGGGGUGCCUCCUCCUCCUCCUGCUGAAAGGACCACCUCCACCUGAGGCCGUCUUCACCCACGGGAGCGUGGGGAUGCUUGCUAGGAACACUGCAGUUGUUUAAGCUCUCCCUCCUGAUUUUUCUUCCUUGUUUACAAUGACUGAGUCUCUUCUGGAAAAUCUAACAGAUUUAUAUAAUUUUAUGUACAGCUAUUUGCCAGUGUCAGCCCUGUACCAUAUUUAAUUAUCUCCUGAAUAAAGUCAUGAUGUCGUGUCUUA